UGAUUGUAUUUGUAUGUGCAAGCAAUCCGAGUCAAAACUCAAAAGUAACUUUUUCCUGAACACAGUGAAUGCGUGUAAGGUGUGUUGCUCAAUACGACAAUAGGUAGGUUGGUAGCGAGAAUGAGUCGCAGCCAUGGAUCCACGAGUUCUUCAGUAUUCUCCGCUUCGCCGCAGCCACAGCAGCAGCUACCGCGGCGCUCACCGACACCGACGAAGCCAGUGGCACAGCAGCAGCAACAACAGCAGCAGGCACAGCAGCAACUCCAUUCUGCUAUGAUACCUACUCGCUCGAUGGAGGCUGUACUGACACCGCUGCAAGACCAGGUUAGGGUCUUCACAUCCCUACCCAGCGUUCUGGUAGUGGACACGGGCAAGCGGCAGAGUCUUGUGGCGGACGCGCAGCACAUCCUGUCCGUGCUGUCCAAGCUGCAGCGUGCCGUCCCGCAGAUCCCAGUGGACAACGACGUUGGCCUGACGGCCGGGGUGCGUCAUCGCAUCGGUAUCAACUACGACUCAGCCAUGGAGCAUGCCGAGGAGCUAGUCACGUGUUUGCGACAGCCUGGCCCCGGCACUGCCGGUAACUCGAUUGCCGUGGACCCAGCUGCCCGGGCAUCUCAGGCGCUGCUCACGUCCGUUACCUGUGCACUGUACGAGUAUGACCAGACAAUCGUGAAUCGGAUAGAGAUGUCUGGACAACAGAUCGCUCGUCUCGGAGAGGAGCUAUCGUCUUUGCUAAUGACCUCGACGGUGCCUUCUGAUCGGCUGCAAGACGUGUUGAAAUCGCUGAGCGAGACUGUGGUGGUAUUCGCGCAGUUGACAGAAGCUCGCUGCAAGGACCUGAAAGAUCCCUGUCAGAAAAGUGACAUGGAGGCAUCUCGCAUCACCAUGGAGCACUGCUUCCGUACUCUGAUGUCGUCUAUCAAGGUUAUGUUGCAGCAUACGAGCCUGUCAAUAUGCCGCAUGAACUGCCUGGCUGUCAACGACAACUUCAUGGAUACAGCAGCGCUGAUGAAGCUUGCCGCCGGGGUGCCGUAUGACCGGUCGACCUGGCGGAAAACGACGCCGCUGGCACAGGGCUUUGAAGACUUGGAGGAGUUACUUCGAGAGGCAGGCAAUCACCUGAGCAUAGAGAGCAAAAAGGAGCAGUUUGGCAAAGAACUGUGCACCCAGCUGGACGCUAUCAUUCUCCAUGCUAAGCAGAUUGCUGAAUCUCCGCGUACUGGCGACCGUGCUGGCGAUCGACUACUGCAUAGCUGUGAUGACGCUGUGGGCCAUCUAUCUACACUAUUGCAACUGGCUUCUGAAGAUGAGGAUAAUACACUGAAUGGGAUCGUUGAUGAAGCAGCAGAUAAUACAUUCUCCAGUGCAGCAUCAGCGUCCGCAUCAGCAGCACCGCUAUCGCGUACUGGAUCACGUCGCAGCAGUAGUACCCGUGGUGGUCGACUUUCUUUUGCCAGCUCAAAUGGAAGUGGAAUUAUGCCGCCUCUCACCGUCAGCGAAGCAGCCGAAGCACUGUCAGAAGCUGUUGUCAACCUUCGCAAACUAACGCACAUGGCCCUGUCACAACACACUGCCGCUGCUCUAGCUCAGAUGCAUCGUGACAGAUCACUAGUCGACUACUUGCACGAGAAUGCCGCUGUUCGCAACAACGCCAAAACCACCGAAUACUCCAGCCAACUUCUACGGCAAGUGGAAAGGUUUGAAGAGGUUGUUACAGCCGUGUGCAGCAUAUCUACUGAUCUUGCUAACGUGUUGCGGGCCAAGAGGUCACUGUCUGAACUGCGCAUUCUGUGCCCUCAGGCUGUGGCUGCGGCUCACGCUUUGUUUCAAUUCCCAGCAAGUAAAGCAACACGUGCCAACAUGAUGUCAUUCGAGCAUGCCUGGCACGUGGAAGUCGACCAGCUCAUGUCUGCUCUCAGCUGUCUUGGACCAACGGAGAAUGUCAAGCAGGAAUCACAGCUAUUGGACCGCAGUAAGUCAGCAAGUAUGCACGCGCUGAGUGGGCCGCGUCUGUCCAGCGCCUCGAUGCAUCGGACAAGCUCCAUCAACAGCUUUGCCAACUUCAAACUACGCCUUCAGCAGAGAAAGGGCAGCGACCAGCUGAAAGGACGCCUGUACGCGUCGCAGCCUGACGUUCACUUUUCCAGCGCAGACCUCUAAUCCGAUAAUCACCUCAUACAGUACUAACUCAGUCAACAGCUAUGGCGUCCGGAUCCAGAUCUGGUUCAGAGCAUGUGGUAGAAGUGUAGCAUCUCGUCUGUAGGCCUCUGCCUAGGCCAUGGCACACUGUGUGACCAUGACUCCUCAGGAUGAUGUCAUGAUGAGUCACCAUGUGUGCAUGAUCAAUUAGAAUGGCAUCAUCAUGACACACAGUCAGUCAGUGUGCAUGACUCGUCAUUGUGUAUAGGCAGUCCGGCACUAGUGUAGCUAUUCAAUAUCUGCCAUUCAAGUAAACACAGCACACGCAUCUGCUGGAUUGUGCUCCAUGCUGGCAAUGGUGUGAACUCCAGUGGAGAGACUGGCCUGUGAGUCAGCGAGUGCAACGCUAGUAUGUGUGUGUGUGUGUGUGUGUGUGUGUGUGUGUGUGUGUGUUUCAUUGCGGUUGUUAAUGCUCCCCUGACUUUUGAGUAUUGCGUUCUCGAUGUGCACUUCAUCGGCUGCUGACUUUUGCCCUGCAGAGCACUUCGCAGCUUGUGCAUGCGUGUGUUUGCUGUUUCUCCACGUUAGUCGUUAGCGGCCCUGCACAUGGGGCACACGUGUGCAUGACGUACAGAUUGUGUUGCAUGGACCAAUACCAUACAGUCUACAUGUACAUGCGUAUGCUACACUAUAUGUAGACUGCCGCUGGCUACUAUAGUACUAACACUAUCACUGACCUUGCUAACUAGCUACUGCACUGCACUGCCCUGUCCCUUAUUGUACUGGUAGUGUGCUGUUAACGCUGACAGCUCUCCACAGUCACUAUGGUAUUCACUCUCUGCUCUGCACUAGCUGCUACUGUCUUCUACUGCACUGCACUGCCUUGCACUGGCUGUACCGUGCUUUCACUCGA